AUGGAGACUGCCGUGACGCUUGAGGAAAUAAAGCUGAAGUUGGCCCAAGCGCAGGAAGAGCUUCGGCGAGUGCAGGCGGAAAAUGAGGACCUGCGACGAAAACUUGACGUCGUCCCACACGUUGCCGCUGCUGGUUUGCCGGAAGGUAUUUCGGCGCCACAUUUUGAGGUCGCAGGUGCGACGGAGCGUCUCAUUGGUGAGCUGCAGCGACGACUCUGGGACGUUCUUCAGCGCAACUCAUUCCUUGAGCAGGAGUCGCAUGCCGGGCACAACGCGCUGAUCCAGAGCUACGAGGGCUACAUCGACCGCCUGGAGAAGGAACUGCGCCACUGUCGAGAGCAGCUUCGCCAGCGCAAAGACGAUGCCGCUUUUGCCCCUACGCCAACAGGUCAAAGCUGA